GAGCGCGCCUCGGGAUUGGCUGGCGGCAGGGAUUCAAACCGAAUCGCGGGGCGGUUAGGCUGGGCGGUUGGAGCCGGAGCUCGCUCCGCGCCGGGCCGGCGGCUGAGGAAGAUGGAGGCCGCCACGCUGAAUUUACUGCGUAUGUUUGACCAACUCGUGCGCCAGGCUGAAGUUCUAAGUGAAGGAAAUGAGUACCAAUUUAUUCAGUUAGCAAAGAACUUCGACGAAUAUCGGAGAAGACUGCAGAAAACAGAGCAUGAGCUUGGCAGGUACAAAGAUCUUCUGAUGAAAACCGAAGCUGAAUGUAGUGCUUUGGGUGUGAAGUUGAAACAUGCUCGCAAUCAAGUGGAUGUGGAGAUCAAACGCAGGCAAAAAGCUGAAAUGGACUGUGAGAAGCUGGAGAGGCAAAUACAACUGAUUCGAGAGCUGCUCAUGUGUGAUGCAUCGGGGAGUAUUCAGCUAAGUGAAGAACAAAAGUCUGCCCUUGCCUUUCUUAACAGGCCACAGGUUUCUAUGGGAGGUUCAGGCAACAAAAGGUUGUCUACAAUUGAUGAAUCUGGCUCAAUUCUGUCAGACAUCAGCUUUGACAAGACUGAUGAUUCACUGGACUGGGAUUCCUCUAUGGUGAAAGCUGUCAGACUGAAAAGGAGAGAAAAGCGGCGAUCUUCUAGGCAGUACGUUGAAGGCCCACCAGGUCCUCAGAAGAAAAUACGAUCAAUUGGCUCCACUGCAGACCAGGGAAAUGAAUCCAUAGUAGCGAAGACAACUGUUACGGUCCCCAGUGAUGGUGGCCCAAUUGAAGCCAUCUCUACCAUCCAGACCGUGCCUUACAGCCUGAGAAGUCAGAGGAAGAGUGGUCCUUUGCAGCCUUGGAACAGUGAGUCAAACUUGGGCAAUAAGCAGCUGGAAUCCAAAUCGGAGAGUAAUGGCUCUUGCACCCCACAAAACAAUGGGGGAGUGAGGCUGCAUGAAUUUGUUUCAAAAACGGUUAUCAAGCCGGAAUCAUGUGUUCCUUGUGGAAAGAGAAUAAAGUUUGGAAAAAUAUCUCUGAAGUGCAGAGGCUGCCGUGUGGUCGCUCAUCCAGAGUGUCGGGACCGCUGUCCCCUUCCCUGUAUCCCCACCUUGACUGGCACUCCUGUUCAAAUUGGAGAGGGGACCUUAAUGGACUAUGUCCCUUCUGCUCCUCCAAUGAUCCCUUCCAUCAUAGUGCACUGUGUUAAUGAGAUCGAGCAGCGAGGGCUACAUGAGAUGGGCCUUUACCGGGUAUCUGGCUGUGACAAGACAGUGAGAGAGCUGAAAGAGAAGUACCUGAGAUCAAAAAACAUUCCUUUGCUCAGUAAAGUGGAUGAUAUCCAUGCUAUCUGCAGCCUUCUGAAAGACUUCCUACGCAGCUUGAAAGAACCCCUUCUCACGUUCCGGUUAAACAAGACUUUCAUGGAAGCUGCAGAAAUCUUGGAUGAGGACAACAGUAUCGCUGCUAUGUACCAGGCAGUUGGUGAACUUCCUCAGGCCAACAGGGAAACCCUAGCGUUUCUCAUGCUUCACCUGCAGCGGGUGGCUCAGAGCCCAGACACUAAAAUGGACGUUACCAACUUGGCCAAAGUCUUUGGCCCCACGAUAGUUGCUCACGCAGUGCCUGAUCCUGACGCCAUGACGUUACUGCAGGACACUAAGCGGCAGCCCAAGGUAGUGGAGCGGCUUCUGCUGCUGCCCGUGGAGUACUGGAGCCAGCUGAUGCUGGUGGAGCAGGAAAACAUUGACCCAGCACACGUAAUUGAGAACACCAAUGCCUUCUCCACUCCACAGACACCAGAUGUUAAAGUGAGCAUGCUUGGACCACUCACCACUCCGGAACAGCAGCUGUCCAAGACGCCGUCCUCUAGCUCCCUGUCCCAGAAGGUCCGGUCUACCUUCAGCAUAACCACCCCCAAAUUUGGGAGCAAAAGCAAGUCAACAAGCCAGCUGGGGCGUCAAGCCAACUUCUUUGCCUCUCCUAUGCUGAAGUGAAGUGGACCUGGGAGUUAAUGUCGUCCUAGGAUUUGCACACCAACACUUAUGAGUACAACAAACAACUCCCCUCCUUGGCAGCUUGUGAAAUAAGAUAUUUUUCCUUUUAUCUUUCAGCUUAACUAAGAAUUUUAAUGGUUUUUUUAUUGUGCAAUGUAUUUUAUUACCUAAUGCUGUGUUGCUUUUAGUAUUGGUGAAGAAAGUAACUACAGGAUCUAUUCAAAGUAUUAAUUAAAAAAGAAAUUGCUGAAUUCGCUGACGCUUUCCAAUAACAUCCUCUGCCUGUGUUAAGUGAAACAGAA